AUGUUUCGAUUUGCAACGAAGUGUCCGAAGCUGACCUAUUCUUACAUUCUUGAGAUUGUAUUAUGGAGUUUGUGUCAGUACGUAGGACACGGAGCUGGAGACACUUUCAUCUGUAAUGGAGCGCCCUCCACGUUCAACAACGCCGAGUCAGACACGCGUCUGGCGGCCAUGGAGGCUCGGAUAGAGCAGCUACAGAAGCUUGUCGCACGGAAGGAGAGCGGCUUUACCACUAUUCAAGGAUUCCCGAGAGACUGUGGUGAGAUCUACGCGAACGGAAGCCGAGAGGACGGCCUGUAUCACAUCUCCCCGGAUGGCAGGUGCCCGUUCCUCGUCUACUGUGACAUGGCGCACGGCGGAUGGACAUUCAUACAGAAACGAUUGGACGGCAGCGUUAAUUUCUAUCAGUCAUGGGCAGAGUACGUCCGAGGCUUCGGUGACGUCAGCAGCGAACACUGGCUCGGCCUAGAGAAGAUCCACCGCCUGACGCAAGGUGGCGUGGAGAUAUUCUUCAACAUGAGCACCUGGGAGGGCGGGUACGAGUUCGCGCAUUAA